AAAGUCAGAUAUCGGGAAGGAGAGAUCGCAAUGGUGCACAAAGUCCUGUUCUGGGGCGGCUUCGGCCUCGCAGUCCGCGUAUGGCAGCUCGGACUCGAAAUGCGGCCCUUCUUCAAUAAAGAAUCACUGUGGGCAUAUCCUGUGUUCGGCGGCGUGGGAGCAAGCUUCGGAUACUGGGUGCAGGGCGUGGACCAAAGACAGCAGAAGAUUCUAGGGGCGAGGAGAGCGAGUCUGUUGGAGAAGAGGGCGAGGAGGGCUGAGAGGGAGGCUGCUGAGGCUGAGGAAUAGAAGGUUAGAGGGCAAUUG